GGAAGAAAAAUCAAAAUUUGGUGCUUUAGAGGAAAAUCUGGGAAAAAACUGAAACCUGGAAGAAGAUGAAUGAGGAGCAACUCUCCCGUCUCUGUCGAUUAAUCACUGAGCCUCUCAGUCGUUUCACCAUCGAACAGUCUACCAUCUCACUCACCAAAGAAAUCGAGAACGAUAUCUUAAUCGCUCUCUCUCGGGUGCAGAGACAAAUUCAGUUACUGACUCAAGAACUUGACUUCGACUCUGACAAUUAUAUGGAAGUGAAAGCAUCUACAUGCCACAGCCUGUCUUCAAGUGGCUUGAACUCGUGUUGCAAAGAUCAUGAGUGCCUCAGUAAGAUUUUUCUUCACAUAAUUAGUUUUCUGCCUAUUGGGAGCAUAUAUGUUCAGCAUCUGGCCAGCAAUGUUCUUGUGGCCAUCUGCAGAUACCUGGUUGAAUUGGGAAGCAGUGUGGAGAGAUUUCUUCAGUUAUCUUGCCUUUGUCUUGAGAUGACGGUUAAUGAUUUGGUUCACUAUUCUGGGAAACCAAAAACUGUCAAAGCCCUGAUAUCUUGUUAUGAACCAUCAGGUGUCAUUUUAACCUUCAAAUCAAAAUUAAAAAAUGCAAAUUGGUCUAUGGCAGCAUGCAUUCUUCAUGUAUUACGUGAUAUAUUGAAGUUCCUAAAGCAGGACGAUAACAGUUAUUUAGAAGUGUACAUGAAUAUAGUAUGUUCUCUUGAAGAAAUCCCCUGGCAGUUGUUGAAUGAUAGUUCCAAAAGCUGUUCAAGGGAUGUCCGAUUGCAUCUAGAUGGGCAACUUCAGUCGAGAAUUAUGUUCUGCGGAAAUCUUAUUCAGUUAUUCUGUUCCUUAGUAGAAGAAUGUAGAUCAUCCAAAGAAGCAGAAAGUUGUUCAAAUGAGCACCCUAUUAUUGUUAAAAUCCUGGACCUUAUUCCUAUGCUUUUCAACAUCUGCCUUGGUGAAAAACAAAGCGGAAAUUUUAUGUUUGGCUACCUCAGGCACAAGAUAUUGAUGCUAAUGAUUCGAGUGAGUUCCAACAUUCGCAUGGAAAGCCGUGUUCUUGCUCUUUGGUUGCAACUUAUCCAUAAGAAUUUCGAAGAUCUCUUGUUCCAGCCCAUGACUCAGGAAAACUCUGUUUGGGACUGUUUAGAUGGAUCUCCAUUUCAUUCAAGUCCGGUUGAUAUGAGAAGAUUUAAUACAUCUCUUCAUUUGCAAAGGCUGGUUGUUUUCCUUGUCAUAAGGUGUUCAUUCUCUUUGGCUGACUUGAAGGAACCAUCCACCAAAAGUUGUGACUGUACAAACUUGAACUGUUUGGAAUCAAAGUUAACUUCAAAUCUGAACUGCUGUGGAGUAAAAGGUUUAAAUGAACUUUACUGGUGGAUGCAGGAGCACCUUCCUCCAAAGGUGUUUCCCAAAGAUUGCACAAAGUUCACCUUGUCUUUCAUUCGGCUAUUCAUCAAUGAGGAUGAUAUCCUAUUUGAAGUGCUUUUGCUAGUGAUCUGUACACCUUUCUCCGCAAUGCAGCCGGUUUCCAAAGAUAAAUGGCCUCUUGUGGUGAAGGAUGAUAUUUUGCUUUUAUUUUCACUUAUCUUCAAUCCCAUACAUAUGUUUCAUCUCUUUCUUGCUGAGCUUCACUAUGAUCAUCAACUACUUCUUGAUUACCUUAUCUCAAAAGAUGAUGGUGUCAGAUCGGCUGAAUAUCUUCUGAGGUCCUUGCGCUUAGUAUGUAAUUCGUGGGAUGAGUUUACGGAGUUUUCAGUAGAGAAGAAUGUUCUUUGUAGCGACAGUGUAUUCAAAUUAUCUGGAAAGAAAAGGAAAGUUCUUAGUGGCGGCUUUAGUCCCCAGGAACACCCGACAUCUGAGCCUAUGAAGAAAAACAGGUUUCCAGGUUCAUUUGGGGAAGUGUUCGUCAAUUCUCAGAGCCAACAGUUUGAGCAUGCUAAGGAUUGCUUGCUUUUACUGAAAACAUCUUUGGAGAAACUACAGAAAAAGAAUUUGUUCCCGUAUAACCCAGAAUCACUUUUGCGGCGAUUAGGGAAGUUUCAGGAGCUUUCACAAAGCAAGUAAAAGUAUAAAUGUGUCUGCUCUAUCAGCUUCAGCUCAGUAAUGCUCUCAAAUAUUUACCUUGCACCUUUUCAAGAUGAAUUUUGACUAGUUCAUCAAGUUAUGUUUGAUGAAUCUCGAGUUUAACUUUGUAUGUUCAGUGUUUGUAUUAUUAGAAUUCGUGGUUAUGAUAAUUUUAAGGGCGCCCUAAUUUUAAUAAUCCAAUUUUAAUAUUUAAAAAGGGCUAAUACAUUGAUCCAUUAUUAAACUAUCCGUGGAUCUUGUAAAUCUCCACUUAAAGUAUGUAUCGUUUUGA